AACAAUUCUACAGAUUCAGAUAGAAAAGUUGCAUAAUGCUUAAGUAAUAAAUAAAAACUAAAAUCUCUAAAGCUAUUUUGUUACAAAGAAAAUAUACAUGAUCAAAUCUAUAAUGAAAUAAUGUAAUCUUUGAAACAAAAUAGCUCUAUCUAAACUUUAGACUUGGCAUUCUCUAACUUUAUAAAAUAAUCUUAAGGCAUAGCUCUUUGCGAAUCAUUAAACCAUAUGAGUGAGUUAAAAUAACUAAAUUUUACUACAGAUCUUACUUCAAAUAAAAUUGAUAUUUUAAAUUAAAUUUUGGAAAGUAUUGGAAAAAUUUAAAGCUUAAAAGAGUUAGAUUUGCACUUUAAAACUGUAAAUGUUUUUACAGACCGUAAAUAAGAAUUAGCCCUAUCACACUUAGGAUAACUCAAACUUUUAAGCUUAAGCAUAAACAUUGAAUCAAUGCUAUUUUCAAAUGAGUUUUUAGAACUAGGAAUGGCUUUAUAAAGAUAAAAUGAUUUAUAAAAGCUUAAAAUUCUUAUUAGAUUUUAAGAAAAGAAAAAAUAAGGUUUUGGAUUUGGUUUCUAAGCUAGUUAAUAAUAACCACCUGAAGAAAAUAAUGAAAUAGAAUCUAUAGAAGAUUUUAUAAAUGGGAUAAAUACUCUCACUAAUUUAAAAGAAUUGCAUUACGGGAUAGCUCACGAUUCAACUAGAAUAAUUUUAAACUAGAUUUUACAAUCACUUUAAAAUUUAAAGAAUUUAGAGGUAUUUAAUCUUUACAACAACGAAAAAUAUGAAGGAUCUUAAAUGGUUUAAUUAUCAGAAGCAAUUUCAUUUAUGAAGAAACUAAAAAUACUUAAUUAUCAAAGCUUAUUUUGGCAAAAAACAAUUCAAAAAUAAAUUUAGUAAUUUUAAACUUUACAAAAUCUAGAAUAAUUAUUUUUGAAUAUUGAUUGUAAUUAUCUUAAUAAAUCUAUUGUUGGACUUGAGCAAAUGUUUUCAAAUUUAUUCUAACUAAAAACAGCACAUUUAAAGGUCUUUAUAACUAAAGAUAAUUAGUCUUUGCUUCAAGAUUUAUUUAAAGGACUUUAAAAUUUAAGAAACUUACAAGACCUUUAGAUUAAUUUAGGUAAUUAUGAAUUCACAGAUAAGGGAGCUGAUUUAUUUCACUAAGCUUGUUCAGGAUUAGAAAAUCUAAGAGAAAUGUUUUUUGAAAAUUUUAACAUUAAAAGGGAUUUUACAGAAGAAGGAAUUUAAAGCUUCAGAGAUGGAUUUAGUAAACUCAGAAAGUUAAAAUUCUUAACUGUUUUUUUGAAUGUUCCAUGUAUAGAAAUUAAUUAAAUAAUACAAGGUAUUUUCAGUAAUAUUUAUUUAUGCGCAGUGUACCUCAACUUUUAAAUGAAAGCAGAAUUUGAUUUUAAUUCUAUUAAAAUUGAAAAACCUAUAAAGGAAAAAUCAAUAGUUGAAUCUAAAAACAGAAAUAAAAGUAAUUUAACCAAUUUACAACUAAGCUUUCGAUAUGCUUAGCAAUGCUAAGUUGAUGAUUUUAUGAAGUUUUAUGAAAAAUUUGAAGACUUUGAAAAUUUAAAUUCCUUGACUAUUUCUCAUGAUUGGGAUAUUUCUUAAAACUCAAGUUAAUUUAUUGAAUGCACAAAGAUGUUUGUAAAUUUUUAUAGGUCUUUUAAGUAGUUUAGGAAAAUGAAAGAACUUAAAAUAGAAUUAACGAACUCGUCCUACAAUUUUGAAGAAAUACCAAUUUAAAAUAUGAAAUAUUUAACUAAUUUAGCUAAACUUGAACUAAUUUUGUUAAAAAAUAAUAUUCAUUCAUAUCAUUUGUUAUUUGAUUAGCUGGAAUACUUCAUACACCUUCAAUAUCUUAAAAUAUAAAUAUCAGAAGAAACUCCUUUUUCUAAGACUGCAGCUAUUUCACUCGGAUAAAGUUUAACCAAAUUAAAAAAGCUUUUAACUUUAGAUUUGUAGUUAUUAUAAAAUUGUACAAUAGAAAUAGAAGGAGCUAUUUAAAUAGGUACAGGAAUUGGCUAUUUAAAUUAUUUAUAAUCUUUAAAAAUUUACUUUGGAGAUUUAUGUGAAAUUAAUGAAAUUGGAGCUUUGAAAAUAGCUGAAGGGAUAAGUAAAAUAUCUACACUUAAUUAUCUUAGUCUAGAUAUUGGUUAGAAAAACAAAGUAAGCAAAAAAGCAGGAGCAGCUUUAGCUUCUUCAAUAAAGAACUCAAAGAAUUUGACUGAUCUAUUUUUCUAAAUUCAAUAUGAUAACACCAAUUACUAAGGACAGUAAUUUUUGAAUGAGAUAUCGAAGUCCUUGAGUGAAUUAAAGCAGAUAAAAUAAUUGAUGUUGAGUAUUAGCUUUGAUGAAAAUUUAGAAUAUUGUCCAGAAUAACUAAAGCAAUUUAUAAGCUUCACUUGUACUAAAGAAGUAACGCUAGUUAUUGAAAAUGAAUAUUAAUAACAAAAGACAUAUUUAAAAUCAGAAGAUUCAGCAUGUAAUAUCUAAUUCAUAUUUUAAUACGAUUUACCAUAGCCUGUGUUCUUUGCAAAAGUGGAAAUAGAAUCUUUGCAAAAUGUUUCUAAAGAUAUUUAAUUAGGUAUUUAGUUUAAACUAAACUAAAAUAGCUCUAAAAAUGAUCACAUAUUAAAUUUAAAAAAUGAAAUUCAAAAAUUGUAAGUUAGAAAUCUAAAACUUAAUUUGGAAUAUUUCUAAUUUUAAGACUAAUUUUUAGACCAGCUAAUUUUACCAAUAUUAUAAAAUUAGUAAUUAACAAAAUUUGCAUUAAUUUUAAAUCAAAAAUAAGCUUCUGAUAUUAAUGCUGAAGUAUUUACUCAAAUUGGCAAGCAUCUCAAUAACUUAAAUUUGAUAGAACUCAAGCUUGUGCUAAAAGAAUCAUAAAAUUCUCUUAGUUAAUUUUUUAAAAAAUCUUAACUAAUUUUAAAGUAGCUUAAAUACUCUAAAACACUUGUCAAUUUGUCAGUAUAUAAAUUCUUUUUUGGCAAAUCAAUCUAAAAUUAUAAAAGAUAUAUCGAUAGACUUGUCAAAUUUGAAUAAUUUUUUAAUGAUUGA